AUGGUCUCUCCAUCACUUAUGGCCCGUGGCGUGAGCUACUUUGUCUUCACCGCCAUCAACUACCUCCCUUUCCUCAAGCACGGCAUGGAUCUGUACUUUACGGUCAAGUACCAAAGCGGCGGAGGGCAGUGUCGGUCGCUGCUGAUUCCGCUGAUCUGCUUUGACGACUACGGCACCAACUGGCUCCUGACGGACGAGAUCGGGUGCGACAACGUGCUGGUUCUGCUAGCGACGCUCAUGACCGUCUUCCACACGAUCGUGGCCAUCUACCACCUGGUCUUCAACUGCCGGGCCAAGACCAAGGACUACAUAGCCGGGGCCGAGGAAGGAUGCUGCGGCCUGGCGGCGUGCAUGAUCUCCUUGGCCGUCGUCGACAACGAGGUCGAUGCCCACCGGGCCCAUGCUCUCAAAUGGCGCCGGGUGGUGUGCUUUGUGACGGCGGCCUUCCAGGCGGCCCUGGUGGUGACGGCCUGCUUUGGCAUCAAGUUUGUGACGUGCGACGGGGCCGCCGAUAUCCAGCGAUCGAGCAUCUUUGUGUUCCUGCCGGUGAUGAUGAUCAACCUGUCCCAGUUGAUCUACAACCUGUGGGAGGGCAUCAAGGACGGCUUCAACUGAGCCCCGGGCGGUGGGCGGUAUUGAGGAGG